AUGACAGCAAGGGGGAAACCACAUCUACUAAAGAAAGAGGACAUCUCAGAUGUCCUGGAACGGGAAGUUUCAUCGUGGGAGCAAAUGCGGCAGAGACGGAGAAAGGGCCUGGGCCUGGGCCUGGGUUGGGGCCGGGGUCUGGGGGUCGGGGCCUGGGCCUGGGCGGGGGCUGGGCUUGGGUUGGGGCCGGGGUCUGGGGGGCCUGGGCCUCGGGGCCUGGGCCGGGGGGGCCUGGGUUGGGGGGCCUGGGUUGGGGUUGGGUCCUGGGCCUGGGGCCUGGGUCGGGGCCUGGGUCGGGGCCUGGGCCUGGGUUGGGGCCUGGGUUGGGGCCCUUGGGCCUGGGUUGGGGUCGGGGCCUGGGUUGCGGCCUGGGCCUGGGGUCUGGGCCUGGGCCUGGGGCCUGGGCCUGCGCCGGGGUCGGGGCCUGGGUCUGGGGGGCCUGGGCCUGGGUUGCCUGGGCCUGGGUUGGGGCCUGGGUUGGGGCCUGGGUCGGGGCCUGGGUCGGGGCCUGGGUCUGGGUUGGGGCCUGGGUGGGGGGCCUGGACUCACCGGGACCAGGGUCGAGGCCGGGCCGCCGGGGUGCUGAUCGUGGGCGGCGGCCUGGCGGGGCUGGGCGCGGCGCGGCGCCUGACGGAGCGCGGUCUGGGCCCCGGGCGCGUGCCCGUGCGGGUGCGCGUGCUCGAGGCGCGGGAGCGGCACGGCGGCCGCGUGUGGAGCCGCCCCUUCGUGAGCCGGCCCUUCAGCCCGUCAUGCCCUGCUACCCCAUUAUGGGCUCAAGGCGGCUACCAUCGACAUACAUCGCGGGGGGCGGAUAACAGAUGGUGGCUCUUCAGCCUAUGCUUCUUCCGAAAUUUGAUUUCAGGAAAAGGUUUGAUUGACAUGGGAGCACAGUGGAUCCAUGGCCCCUCGAAGCAGAAUGCAGUCUUUCAGUUGGCCAGCCAGCACCAUCUUCUGGAUGAGGCAGCUAUGUCAGAGGAGAAUCAGGCUGUGGAAUUAAAUGCACAAAUCCUCGCUAUGUCAGUCUGUUACACCAGCUCGGGGAAGAGAAUAGACCCCGAGGUAUCUGCCUCUGUGGAAGAAUUGUUUUCAUCGCUUAUGUUCAAGAGCAAAGAGUACUUCCAGGCAGCGACAGAACCCGUACGGAGUUUGGGUGAAUUUCUCAAGAAUGAAAUUGCUCAGUGUGCGGAAGAAUGGAAAAACGAUGCGGAAAUGUGCAAUCUCAAACUUGCGCUGCUCAAUGUGGAAUUCAAGAUAGAGUGCUGUAUAUGUGGGACCCACAGCCUGGAUUUGGUGGCACUCCGCCCUUUCAGAGAGUACACAUCCUUACCUGGAAUUGAUUGCACCUUUCCAAGUGGAUUUAAGAGCCUCGUUGAUGAAAUGACCAAAUCGCUGCCAAAGGACAUUGUGUCAUUCAACAUGCCAGUUAAAUGCAUUCAUUGGAACGGAUCCUUGAAAACGCCAGAGGCACUAGAACGCGCUCACUCUGUUCUGGUGGAAUGUGAAAACGGCGAGAUUAUACCAGCUGAUCAUGUUAUAGUCACUGUUCCUUUAGGUUUCCUUAAGGAGCAUCAUAAAACUUUCUUCGACCCACAACUUCCCAUCAGCAAAAUCAAAUCUAUUGAGAAAAUUGGCUUUGGAACAAGUAACAAAAUCUUCCUUGAAUUUGAGGAGCCGUUUUGGGAACCACAAUAUGAUUUGAUCAAGCUGGUCUGGGAGGAUGAAUCUCCAUUGAAUGAGAGAGCAGAUCUACAGACAACAUGGUUCAGGAAGAUAUUAGGCUUUAUCGUCCUCCCUGCAGCAAGGCAUGGCCACGUCCUCUUAGCUGUGCUUGCUGGGCAGGAAGCCAUCUUUAUGGAGCAGUUAUCUGAUUCUGAAGUUAAAGAUUGUUUGACACAAGUCAUACGGCAAUUCACAGGAAACCCAUUACUGCCUCCACCAAAGAAUAUAUUACAAACAAAAUGGCACAGCGAUCGGUUCACAAAGGGAUCCUACAGUUACACCGAGGUUGGCAGUUCAGGUGAUGAUAUUGAUAUCAUUGCUCAACCUCUCCCAUCAGAUCCUGCAAAGGCACAGCCUCUGCAGGUGCUUUUUGCUGGUGAAGCCACUCAUCGGACAUUUUAUUCGACCACUCAUGGUGCUCUGGAAUCAGGAUGGAGGGAAGCAGAUCGCCUGAGAGACUACUAUUUGCAUCACACCUCCGGCAAUCCAAAACUAUAAAACGUCAUUGUUCGUUAUAAAAGUGCACUUAGCAUAUCUAUCUAUAAAUAAUUAAACCACUUAUAUCGUGCAAAUCUACAACCUAUACUCAAACCUCAGGGUAAAAUGAUUAUUGAAUGUUCUCUGGAUUAUGUUGCUGCAUCUGAAAAACUUUGCACUAUUCUUAGAAAGAAAUUGUUGAAAGUGACACCGGAUAAAGAUAUUUAAAGAACAACGGAUUUUCCAUUGAAGCAUCCAUGACCAGAGUGAGUCCCACCGCAAAUUGGAGGAGCAGCACCUCGUAUUUCGCUUGGGUAGUUUACACCCCUGCGGUAUGAACAUUGACUUCUCCAAUUUCAGGUAGUCCUUGCUUUCUCCCUCCUUCCCCUCCCCUUCCCAGCUCUCCCACAGCCUACUGUCUCCGCCUCUUCCUUUCUUCUUCCCACCCCCACCCCCACAUCAGUCCGAAGAAGGGUCUUGACCCGAACCGUCACCUAUUCCUUCGCUCCAUAGAUACUGCCUCACCCGCUGAGUUUCUCCAGCAUUUUUGUCUACCAUGGAUCUGAAAGGACCAGUCCAAAGCAACUAUUUUAUUAAGUUGGUCUGAUCUUUCUGAAGAAGGGUUCCGAUAUGGAAUAUUGCCUGCUUGCUGCUGGACCGUUGAGUUCUCCAACAAUUGAGUUACUUUUUGCUCAAGAUUCCAGCAGCUGCGGUUUCUUGUGUGUACAUUUGGUUGUGGUUUGGCACCAGAGCCAUUGCUAUAUUCAUGUUCACCAUUGCUCUGCUUAUUGUGCCUCCUGGCACAUAUCGGCCCCAUGGCUUCUUUUACCCUCUUACUGAUUCCACCUUUAGACGUUGAUCGGUUUGAGCGAUUGUCGGUGCUGGAUGAGCUUUGGAGAGAUCACCCCCAGAUACAAAUAAUUUAAUAGUCAUAUAAUUAUACAAGAAAAUUGAAUCAUUAGCAAAUUUUGCAGACAUUGGCUGCAUCAACAUGCCAGAAAGUGACAUACACUUUUGGAACAAACACGUUAAUUAUGUGAAAUCGCAACAAUAUUCACUCUUUUAUAUUACAAUUAAUUCACGGGUUUCCUGUGGUUUGAUUAAGGCAGAGCAGGGCCAUGUUUGUUACAGGCAGUGCAGGGCCAUGUUCAUUACAGGCAGUGCAGGACCAUAUCGGGAGCAUGAUUUGUAAUUGUUUUUCAUGAUACUGUGAAAACCUAAUGCAACAGUAAUUUACCAACUACUGCUGCCAGUUUAUUGAAAGAAUAUAUCACAUAUCCGAAAGAAACUGCUCUUAUUACUAAUGUUGGACUAUACUACGCUCUUGGGUAAUUUGCAAUUAGUUUACAAAAAUUGCUUAAUUUGAAAAAUGUAGUUUUCCCUUGUCCCAGAAACUGCAGCGCUCGUAAUUACGUCAUGUAAUGGUCUUUUUAAUGAAAGGUAUUUUCAUAGCAAGCUGAUAUAUAAAUGAAACCAUGUUGUGUGCAAUAGAGAAAUAAAAUAUCACAGAUGUUGGCAGACUGAAAUAAAAUGUGUUGAAACACUCCACAGGCAAGGCAGCAUCUAUGGAGAAACAGAUUUAACAUUUCAGGUUGAAGUUUCCUUUGUGCUUUAUUCCAUGUGACAGUCUUCAUCUGGUAACUUUAUUUCCUUAAUAAUUCCCAGUUUGUUGACUAGGGAGAUGAUUUAGAUCAACUCAGUCACCUGCACUUGAUUUAAAAAUGUGCAUGACCUCAUUCUAUCGGCUGACUGGAAUGAUCCUAAGCCUUUUUAUCUCCACCCUUCCAAGUGGAAGGUCAUUUGUCUUCAAUUUUCUUCUCAUAAGUUUUCAUUCAAUGUGCAUGGUGUUCGUAUUCUGGUCCACCUACGUUGGCCUUCAAAUUAACCUAAUUCAUGCCAGUUUGCCUAAAUCACUUCUAGCUGUUUACUUCAUGGCUUUAUACUCAAUCCUUGUAAGUUAGUCCUUUGACUGGAGAAAUGCACUUUGCAACUAGAAACAUAGACAAUAGGCGCAGGAGGAGGCCAUUCGGCCCUUCGAGCCAGCACCGCCAUUCAUUGUGAUCAUGGCUGAUCGUCCCCUAUCAAUAACCCAUACCUGCCUUGUCCCCGUAUCCCUUGACUCCACUAGCCCCUAGAGCUCUAUCUAACUCUCUCUUAAAUCCAUCCAGUGACUUGACCUCCACUGCCCUCUAUGGGUGAAAAAGUGUUUUCUCACCUCAGUCUUAAAUGGCCUCCCCUUUAUUCUAAGACUGUGGCCCCUGGUUCUGGACUCACCCAACAUUGAGACAAUUUUUCCUGCAUCUAGCUUGUCCAGUCCCUUUAUAAUUUUAUAUGUUUCUAUAAGAUAUCCCCUCAUCCUUCUAAACUCCAGUGAAUACAAGCCUAGUCUUUUCAAUCUUUCCUCAUAUGAUAGUCCCGCCAUCCCAGGGAUCAAUCUCAUGAACCUACGCUGCACUGCCUCAAUCACAAGGAUGUCCUUCCUCAAAUUAGGAGACCAAAACAGUGCAAUACUCCAGAUAUGGUCUUACCAGAGCCCUAUACAACUGCAGAAGAACCUCUACUCCUAUACUGAAAUCCUCUUGUUAUGAAGGCCAACUUUCCCUUAGCUUUCUUCACUGCCUGCUGUACCUGCACGCCAACUUUCAAUGACCGGUGUACAAGGGCACCCAGGUCUCGCUUUACCUCCCCCUUACCUAACCUAACCCCAGUCUGAAGAAGGGUUUUGGCCCAAAACGUCGCCUAUUUCCUUCGCUCCAUAGAUGCUGCUGCACCCGCUGAGUUUCUCCAGCAAUUUUGUGUACCUCCCAUUGAGAUAAUAAUCUGCCCCCUUGUUUUUGCUACCAAAGUGGAUAACCUCACAUUUAUCUAUAUUAUACUGCGCCUGCCAUGCAUCUGCCCACUCACUCAACCUGGUCACCUUGAAACCUCCUAACAUCCUCUUCACAGUUCACUCUGCCACCCAGCUUUGUGUCAUCUGCAAACUUGCUAGUGUUGCUCUUGCCUGCAUAGACCUUGUUGCUUUAAUGUUAUCUCUGUAUCAUGGUGGUCAAAACUGAAUUAUUUGUAAAUUAUAUUCCAGAGGAAUAGCUUAAUAUCUAAAUAUCUGUUAAUCAAUUAAUUUGAACUACAUCCUUAAAGGAUAUUUCUUGUUUUGUAAGGGUGUUAAAGAUUAUGGGGAAAAAACAGGAAAAUGGAUUUGAAGAAAAAAUAGAUCAGCCAUGAUCAAAUGGGUGAGCAGCCUCGAUGGGCAGAAUGGCCUAAUUGUGCUGCAAUGUCAUGAACUUCCUUUGAAUCAAAGAUCAUUAUUCACUGCAAUUACAACUGACUGUGUAUUUUCCAUCUGUAGAAUGAUUCACAGCAAUAUUACGUAAAAUUUAUUUUUGUGUAGUACUAUGGAAAUUUAAUGAAUAAUGCUGGAAUUGCACUUAAAAACUUGCACUUUUUGCGAUGCCGAUUGUUUGAAAGUUCUUGUUAUGUUUAUGUCCAUGAAAAUGUGACUUACAUUCAUUUAAAAUUAUCAAAUGUCUGCAAAUCUAUUAAAUUUUUACUCAGCA